GGCGGCUCACCUGGCGGGACAGGUAAGCCCCGCGAGGGCCCGAGAGGACGCGAUCCUGGGCGGCACCGGUGUGGAGAGACCCUCGAGGCAACGCGCCGGCGGCGGGGCGUCCCGCGACAGGUUCCUCGGGGACCACCCUCCCACUUCCGGGGUGUCUGGCUGCAGCAAACCAUGCAGUGAGCAUGCCCCGCCCAGGAGCCCCCCGCCCAUCCUCUGGGCCCCCACGCCUGGGCCCCUGGGGUCAUCCAUCAGAGCUAUGCCUGGAGACGUAUGAUGAGCCGUCCCGGCCCCCACCAAGCCGUCGAACCCGGAGGCCAGACCCCAAGGACCCUGGCCACCAUGGGCCAGAGAGCCUCACCUUCAUCUCAGGCUCCGCUGAGGCGGCGGCUGAGCCCCCCGCCUGCUGCCUGCUCUGGCGCCCCUGGGUGUGGGACUGGUGCCGAGCAGCCUUCUGCUUCCGUCGCUGCCGGGGAUGCCUCCAGCGCUGUGGAGCUUGUGUGCGGGAUGGCAGUCCCUGCUUGUCCCCUGGGGACUCCACUGAGGGGGCCACUGAAGCCAGCUGGGCCAAAGAGCACAAUGGGGUGCCCCCCAGCCCAGACCGGGCCCCACCAAGACAACGGGAUGGCCAGCGACUCAAGUCCACCAUGGGAAGCAGCUUCAGCUACCCUGACGUCAAGCUCAAAGGCAUCCCCGUCUACCCCUACCGCAGCGCCACCUCCCCGGCCCCAGAUGUGGACUCCUGCUGCAAGGAGCCCCUAGCCGAGCCCCCCACCCUGCGGCACAGCCUGCCCAGCACCCUGGCCAGCAGCCCCCGCGACUCAGUGGAGUACUACUCUUUCCAUGAGUCGGACCUGGACCUACCUGACAUCGGCAGCGGCUCCAUGUCGAGCCGAGAGAUCGACGUGCUCAUCUUCAAGAAGCUAACGGAGCUGUUCAGCGUGCACCAGAUUGAUGAGCUGGCCAAGUGCACAUCGGACACCGUGUUCCUGGAGAAGACCAGUAAAAUCUCGGACCUUAUCAGCAGCAUCACCCAGGACUACCACCUGGACGAGCAGGAUGCUGAGGGCCGCCUGGUCCGAGGCAUCAUUCGCAUCAGCACUCGGAAGAGCCGAGCCCGUCCACAGACGGCAGAAGGGCGUUCAAGCCGAGCUACUGCGCCAGCUGUCACCGCCCCCGAUAGUGGCCACGAAACCAUGGUGGGCUCAGGGCUGAGCCAGGACGAACUGACAGUGCAGAUCUCCCAGGAGACAACAGCAGAUGCCAUCGCCCGGAAGCUGAGGCCUUAUGGAACUUCAGGAUACCCAGCCAGCCACGACUCGUCCUUCCAGGGCACCGACACAGACUCAUCCGGGGCACCCCUGCUCCAGGUGUACUGCUGACCUCUGCUGCUCCCAGCUGCCACAGUCAUGAAAGAAGCAGCCUACAGAAUGAAGAGGGGACCAAGCCCUGGGCCCUGGGCUCUGGGAGACAGGGCCAUGAACCCAGACGCAGUGCUCACUCUGGCUCCUUCUGCCUGGCUGACUGGUUCCCAGAUCACGUGCAUUUCACUGGGCCACAGUGCCCACCAUCCCACCCUGACCCCCAAAUGGCCUGACCCAUGCCUGGACCUUCCCUUUCUGCCCAGUCUUUGGCCAGUCUGGGGCUUGGAAAGCAGACAGUUACUCUCCGGAUUG